UAUCGAUACAUCUUGCCAGUCUUUGCUUUAACAAGCACAACCCUAGACGCGGUCAGCCUCAUUGCAGGCAACUUCUAAAUGUGUGACGUUCUUUGCGAGUACGAAGGACGAGUUUCAGGACAUAAUCUGUGUUUCAAGAUGUCCGAAUGAGAGCUGUGAUGUCCGCGUUGUUUACUUGAGAAGAAACGGCAGAACGUAACCUUCCACGACAGAGUGCACUGAAAUGGCGUCAGCAGUUAGAUUUAUGUUCAUAGCAGGAAUUGCUCUGCUGCUAUUACAACUUGCCAAAGCAAGACCUCAAGCAGACCUCGAAACUCUCAUCGGCGAAGUGUUCAAAAGACCGGACACCGAAAAAGAUUCCACCAGUCAGCAGUCGACAGAAGAGAAAAAUCAGCAACCGACAGAAAAGAACCAGGGCCAGGAACAAAAUAACAACCCACUGGAUUGCCAGUGUGUUCCGUACUACCUCUGUCACAACGACACCAUCAUCGAAGAUGGACGUGGACUCAUUGACAUCAGGUUGGGCAUUUUACAUUCUAACCAGCAAUGUCCUUGCCCAACUUCAAAUAUCCCAGGGAUCAAGAAUGGGCCCUGUGAGAACUACCUGGAUGUCUGUUGUCAGACACCACAAACAGUGACCGAACCUAUCACACCAACGCCACAAAUAAGGUCUGGUUGUGGCCACCGUAAUUCAGAAGGUGUAGGGUUUCGCAUCUUGGGUGCAAAUGAUGGUGAGGCCCAGUUUGGAGAAUUUCCAUGGAUGGUGGCCAUCCUGAGAGAAGAAUCAUUGGAUACCAACCCAGAGAAAUUGAAUGUCUACCAGUGUGGAGGUGCUCUGAUACAUCCGCAGGUUGUAUUGACAGCGGCCCACUGUUUGGCCACACUGAAAAACCCACGUUCACUAAAAGUUCGUGCAGGAGAAUGGGACACGCAGACAAAGAACGAGCUGUACCCUCACCAAGACAGGAAUGUGAAGACCAUUGUAAUACAUCCCGACUACUAUGCAGGGGCCCUGUACAAUGACAUUGGUCUCCUUUUCUUGGAGAAUCCUGUAGAGUAUGCUGAGAAUGUUGAUGUCGUGUGUCUUCCACCGCAAGGAGCAGUGUCUGACAACAGUCGGUGCUUUGCAACUGGAUGGGGCAAGGAUACGUAUGGUAAGGAAGGACGCUACCAGGUAAUUUUGAAGAAAGUGGACUUGCCAGUGGUUCCUCGGGCUGCAUGUAUAGAAGCACUGCGCCAAACCAGAUUAGGUCCUUUCUUCAAGCUUCACGAAAGUUUCAUCUGUGCUGGUGGGAGCGAAGGAAAAGACACAUGCAAGGGUGAUGGAGGUGGUCCUCUGGUGUGUCCUUCUGCAGAUGACCCUACACGUUAUCAACAAGUAGGAAUUGUUGCUUGGGGCAUUGGUUGUGGAGAAAACAACACGCCUGGAGUCUACGCCAAUGUGGCUUUGUUCCGAGAUUGGAUAGACGAACAGAUUGCUUACCAGGGACUUAACCCAAGCAAUUUUGAAUCUUAAAUUGUGUGUACUUGAAAAUGUGUGAUAACUAAUUGUAAGUAUAAAACAAUCUUCAUGGAGUAAAUGCCAUCAAGAUGGGUUGUCAAGUUCUUACAGUAUUUCUGGAAAGGACUGAAAACCAGUUUAAAAGUUUCCUUAUAAAUUACAUAAAAUUCCACUAUUAUUAUCAAAAUCCAUGAUUUAAAUUACAUAUCAGUAUUAUAAAAUAAUAAAUAAAAAACACAACAGCUGUGUUCUGCAGAGGUUUCAGUUCAUAACUGUAUUAAAAACCUUAUGAAUCUGAAAAUGACGUAUAAACACAGUGGUCUUCACCUUCACGUCA